ACAAUGGGUGGGUUGCUCCUUUAGUGGAAGUCAAAGAUGGCCAAUCGUUUUGGAUUGACAUUGCGCCAUAGACUGCCAAAUUUGGCGGCUGUUGCUCCUUCUUUACCUUCAAUUACUUGUUCCAUUGAUUCUGUAUCAUCUCAGUUUUCCAAAAUAUUGAAGAGGAGAACUGCUGGAUAUAGAACGCCUCGUCGACUGGUAUUAGGCCUAGGGGCUGCAUUUUGGGUUCAAUUCAUGAGUAUGGAUGGUAAUAUUGGCGGCAAAUCUUUCAUUGCCUCCGCCAGACAAAAGGGUGAAAUCGAAGAGGUAUUGAAGAAUGUGGAGUGGCCAGAGCAAUUUCCUUUCAAGGAAGAGGAUUUCCAGCGCUUUGAUGAGUCGCCAGAUCCAUUGUUCUAUGAAGCUCCACGUUUUGUGACACAUAUUGAUGAUCCAGCCAUUGCUGCACUUACCAAGUAUUAUUCGGAAGUCCUUCCUCCUAGUAACACUCCAGGAGUAGCUAUCCUUGACAUGUGUAGCAGUUGGGUCAGUCAUUUCCCUGCAAAAUAUAAGCAAGACCGGGUAGUGGGAAUGGGUAUGAAUGAAGAAGAGCUCAAGCGCAAUUUGGUUCUGACCGAGUAUGUUGUGCAAGACUUAAACACUAACGCUAAACUUCCAUUUGAAGAUAAUUGCUUUGAUGUUAUUACAAAUGUGGUUAGUGUUGACUAUCUAACAAAGCCUCUUGAAGUUUUCAAGGAGAUGUCCCGCAUCCUUAAACCGGGUGGCAUGGCUAUAAUGAGCUUCUCAAACCGUUGCUUUUGGACAAAAGCAAUCUCAAUAUGGACAUCAACUGGUGAUGCUGACCAUGCUAUGAUUGUUGGAUCAUAUUUCCAUUAUGCUGGAGGGUUUGAACCUCCUCAGGCUGUGGAUAUAUCUCCCAACCCGGGACGUUCAGAUCCAAUGUACAUUGUGUAUUCUAGGAAGCUAGCUACAGCCUGAAAAGGGGAUCACAUCGAGGCUUGAGAAUGUAGCGAUUGGUGGGAUAUAUUAUGAGUAAAUGGUAGUUCAGAUUUAACUUAUACAAGUUCUUGUACUCAAUGAGCUUUGCCAUUUUUUCUGUGUUGCAUCUGUAUACCAAUGAAGAUCGUCUCAUUUUGAAAUACACAGAGAUUUUUCCUA